AUGAAUGUUCACCUUAGAGGACCAUCGUUGACAGAAGAAGCUGUUAAUAAAAAUAUAAAAAAUAAAAGAACAGUUCACAUAAAAAACACAUAUAUAUCCCCUUAUGUUCUGUACAAUAAAAAAGGUAAUGACAACAAUAACAGCCGGUUAGAAUAUUUGAAUAAGAUAUUUACAAAUGAUAAAGAUGAUAGUGUAUUUAUAAAGGGAAAAAAUAAUUAUAUUAGUACUAUGGACAAUAAUAGUCAUGAAAAAAGAAUAUUAAGAUAUGCUUUAUUUAAUGAAAUCAAUUUAAAAUUGCUUAAGACCAAAGAUGAAAGAUGUGAAUUAAAUACAAUAACAACCAUGAUACACAUGAAUUCGGAUAAUAAUAGUGAUAAAGAAAAUGAAAUGAUAAUAAAUGAACAUGUGGAUUUACUGGAAAAUAAGAACAUUAAAAAAGUUAGUACUACUAUUAAUAGUAGUAAUAUUUUGAAUAGUGAAAAAAUGAAAAAUGCUCUAAAAUCAAAUGCCCUAUUUUUUACCAAAUGUAGUAGUAAUCAUAAAUUGGUAAGCAACCCUUAUUUUAACAAAAAAGAUUACGAAGAAAAACAGAACGGUCCUAAUACUCUAAGACCUAUUACACCUAACAGUACGUAUAUAGAUUAUCUAAAUCGAGGAGAUAAGAGCAAUGCCAAUGUAAAGGAUGAACUAGGGUCUAGCAGUAAAUAUAUCGUUAGUGGUAGCAGCGGUGCAUGCGCCACUAGUAGCAGUAGUGGUAUAGGUAGUAGUAACCACUGUAUUUUUAACGACAGUAUUGUGAACAAUGUUAUAUAUAAAUGUGAAGAUAGUAUACCCCUUGGUACUAUACUAAAUAUUCAUAAUUUAGAUAAUAACAAUAGUAAUGUGCUAACAACAGUCAUGCUAAGAAAUAUACCUAACAAGUAUACUCAAAAUAUGUUAAUGGACGUUAUGAAUAAGCAUUUUAAAGGCUUAUAUGAUUUUUUUUAUUUACCAAUUGAUUUCCGAAACAAAUGUAAUGUUGGAUAUGCAUUUAUUAAUUUUAUACACCCCCAUUAUGCUGAACUGUUUAUAAAAUUUUUUAAUAAUUACAAGCUAAAUGCUUUUAAAAGCAAUAAAGUUUGCACAGUUACAUGGGGAAGAGUACAAGGUCUAAAAGCAAAUAUUGAGCAUUACAGAAAUUCCGCAAUUAUGACUAUACCAAUACCUCAAUACAAACCCAUGCUUUUUCAAAACGGCAUAUCCGUUUCAUGGCCUGAUUCGGAUGGUCCUCUUCCAGCUAUUAAAUUGAGGUCCCAAAAGUAUUAA